UGACUAACUGCUCUAAAGAUAGCCCUUUAUGACCACUGAAACAUUCUUUAAUUAGACCAGAGGUAAGAAGAGGAUGUCAAAAGUCUCCUUGGCAGAAGAGGUACUUCUAAAGUCUUAGACUUUAUGGUUAGGUCUUUUGUAAUGUGGAGACAACCCAGCAAGCUUCAUUUGUUGUUAAUCUGCUAUUAAGUGAAGAUGAGUUUAACCGGAGGUCCCAUUAAAGAAGACGUGAUGGCGUGGGAGCCAAAAAAGUUAGCAGACUACAUGAGACAGCUCAAGUUAUUCGGCUGUGACAAUGUAGUGUUGAAGAGGGGCAUAACUGGAGCACAAUUUCUGCAUAUGAUCCAGCGUGAUCUUCAAGUGUUCCCAAUCACCUACGUCCCAAUACUUGCCAAAGUUCAAAGAGAUCUCAAUAAGCAAGAAACGAGGAAGAGUUUUGGUUCCAAGUCUAAGAAAAGAAAUCAUUUGACAGAAGUGCAAGGUGAAAAAGUCUGGGGUGAGCAUGACAGUGAAAGUGACUAUGAGGAGUUUAACGAAGAAGCAGGAGAUGGAAACUACAUUGUUCCUCUUACUGAGCCACUCACAGCAGAUGAUCUGCAUAAAGCCAAAGCAAGAGAAGAUCACAGGCUUCAUCCAGUCUUUUCACUGCCUGAACCCCAGAGGGUGUCUAAAGUUCACAGCCUUCCCACAGCUCACUCAUCUAGUUUUCAACAAGCCGCAAAUAAGAAGCCAGGAAAACCUCCGGUUCCCCAGAGAGCCUUUUCAAGCUUAGCAGAGGGCAGUGUUGCUUUGGAUACUGGCCCACUUACUAGAAGGCGCCCGCUACCAACAGUCCCACAGCGACAUGUGUCUAACAGGGCAAAUAAUAUAACUCCCCAUGUUCCUGUACCAACAUCACACGUUCUGUCAAACCAACMAACAAGAACAGAAGGACAUGUCAAUAAGCAACAAGUACAGGUAAAAUGGUAGGGAUUUAUAUUGAAGUUAGUUACACAAAAAAGUGCAUUUUCAAUGUCAAAACAGCAGAUGGCGAUGUUGUACAAUACAACAGCAAAAACCUUUUCCUAGUCUGAUACAGAACUUAAAAACACUUUUGUUUUAACAAGACAGGUUACUGUUAUUAUACAUGCUACAUAUUCUGUCUCUACGACUGUAAAAGCAUCAAGCAGAAAUGUAAAAAAGAUGUUUUGUGUUUUACUGCGGCUUUUCUCUCACUGUGAAUCCAGGCUUUGGAUCCCAGCUGGUACAAGGGAAAGAUAACUCGAAAUCAGGCUGAAGUUUCUCUCUGGGAGGUGAACAAGGUUCGAUGCUGCAUCAUUCUCU